GGACCAGGAAGCGCAGUAGCUUCGAGUCGGAGCAGUAAAUCUGUGCAGUGAAGGACUUUGGAUCUUCUGCUGAAGAAACGAGCUUCCCUCUCUUCGCUCCGAGUUUCUGGACACUUUGAAGAUUCUGACUCUGACUAGUUUUGUCUGCACAUUGUGGUUGAAUCGAUCAGCUUUGAACAUUUAAGGCUGUUCCACAGACUCUGAAUUAUAAGAUGCUGUUUGCUGGACUCGGCAGGUGAUUAAUCAGGAGGUUUUAGGCUGUCGGUGUGUUUGUGUUCUUCAGUAUGGAGAGUGUGCGCGAGCGGCUGGUCUCCUGCUGCUUCUCCACUUUUCCAUGUCUGCGGAAAAAGGAGUCGGAGCCGUCGGGCGAAGUAAUAAAACCAAAACCAGAUUCAGGGGGUCUGAUCUUCCAGAACCAUAACCGCCAUCCCCCGUUUACUCCGUCUACCGAGCAGACCCAGCAGACCCAGCAUUCCUCGCCGCCUGUGCUUGUGGCGCUGUUUGAUUACUCCGCACGCACAGCGGAGGACCUGAGCUUCCACACAGGAGACAAAUUUCAGCGGCUGCAUGACGACGACAUUGACUGGUGGUACGUCAGAGCCCUCAGUGGAGUUUCAGCUAACAAGACAGGCUACAUUCCAUGUAACUACGUAGCGCAGUUGGAGAGCCUGGACGCAGAACCAUGGUACUUCGCGGAUACGAAGCGUUUGGAUGCGGAGAAGUUGCUGCUGGCUGAUGGAAACCAACACGGAGCGUUCCUCAUCAGACACUGCGAGAGUCAAGCAGGAGAACUAUCACUGUCAGUGCUGGACCAGGGUAAAGUGAAGCACUACAAGAUCCGACGGACGGACUAUAACCAUUAUUUUGUGUCGAGGAACCACAGUUUCCAAACUUUAAAAGAGCUGGUGCAGCACUACAGCCAGCAGGAGGAUGGACUGUGUGUCCGGCUCAGACAGCCCUGCAAGAAGGCUGAAGCUCCACAGACUUAUGGUCUGUCCUACAACACGGUGGAUCAGUGGGAGAUCCCCCGCAGCUCUAUCCAGCUGCUGCAAAAACUCGGUGCUGGACAGUUCGGAGAGGUUUAUGAGGGAGUGUGGAAUCGCACGACUUCAGUCGCUGUGAAAACUCUCAAACCAGGCAGUAUGGAUGCCGAGGACUUCCUGCGUGAAGCUCAGAUCAUGAAGAAGCUCCGACACCCCAAACUGAUCCAGCUGUAUGCAGUGUGCACUGUGGGGGAGCCCAUCUACAUCAUCACUGAGUUAAUGAGCAACGGCAGCCUGCUGGAGUACCUGCAGAAAGACAGAGGAGCUGCUUUACGUCUUUCUGAUCAGAUAGAGAUGGCGGCUCAGGUUGCAGCAGGUAUGGCGUACCUGGAGCUGCAGAACUACAUCCACAGAGACCUGGCAGCCCGGAAUGUUCUGGUGGGGGAAAACAACGUGUGCAAAGUGGCAGAUUUUGGUCUGGCCAGAGUGUUUAUGAAAGAAAAUGAUAGCAUUGAUGAUGGAGAUGAGGAGAACGUGUACCAAGCGAGAGAGGGCACUAAAUUCCCGGUGAAGUGGACGGCUCCCGAGGCCAUUCAUGACAAUAAAUUCAGUAUCAAAUCUGAUGUCUGGUCAUUCGGCAUCCUGCUGUACGAGAUCAUGACCUUCGGACAGAUGCCUUACCCAACUCUCACUAAUUCCCAGGUUGUGCAGAAGCUGCGUAGCAGCUAUCGAAUGUUGUGUCCAUCAAACUGUCCAAAGGUUCUGUAUGACAUAAUGAUGGACUGCUGGAAGGACACGCCCGCUGACCGGCCCACCUUCGAAACACUGCAGUGGAAACUCGAGGACUUCUUUGACCUGGAUGUCAGCUCCUAUGAUGACGCAAACCGCUACUGACCAACUGCUCCACCGACAUUGGUUCCCACACCAAUGGCUACCCUGGCAACAUCUCCCAUGGCAACAGUCCAUGAGCAACAGCCCCCUUGGCAACAGUUGCCCCACCAACAUCUCCCAUGGCAACAGUCCAUGAGCAACAGCCCCCUUGGCAACAGUUACCCAAGCAACAGCAUCCAUAGCUAUGGCUCAAUGGUGAAGGCCCAACAUCAACAGCCCCCUUGGCUAACCUGACGACAGCCCCUCAGCACUGAUGCCAUUCUUGUUUUUUUUAUUCUGGCAGAGUUUAAAUCUAAAUAUACUUUAAAAGUAUAAUCAAAUAUCCAAA